AUGAAAAUUUGCACAGGGCUCUUUGCGGAACUUCUGUCUCUUACUAUAGUUGGAUUUUUAAUUCUCAGUGCCAAUGUGCUGGAAAUGGAAAUUCUUAGUUCUAGUCAGUCAGGAACGAUAUUGCCAAACUCAAGAUUGAUUAUAAACCGGAAACGUCAAGAAGGAAAUCCUGUUCUGAAAUAUAUACGUAAUGUGCCGUUCGAGUGGGCUGAUAUCAAAGCCGAUUUUGAGGCUGGUAAAGAAAUGGGCAUUUUGUAUCUCAGUUUAAAAUGGCAUAAACUUCAUCCGAAUUAUAUAGAGACUCGCAUAAACAACGAUGGUACUGGGUACACAAUAAAGAUCUUAUUGGUGCUUGUUAAUGUGGAACCACGUCAUAUUUUACGCGAAUUAAAUCUAUUUUGUUAUCGAACUGCUUGGACGCUUAUGCUUUGUUAUUCCGCUGAAGAAGCUGCAGAAUAUUUGGAAAAUUUGCAUAUUUCGAGAAGUAGAAAUGAGCAAAGCGCUAUUAAUGCAAUGCAGGAACGGAAAAGGAAACGACUUUGCUUAUCAGAUGACGAUAAUGAAUUACAUCAGGCGAUCAAAUUUCUCACUAUUAUUCGGUCAUUGACAAUAUCUGAUGCGCAACGUUUGAUUGCUAUUUUUGGCAGUAUCCGGAGAAUAGCAAAUGCGGAUAUUGAUAGGUUGCUGUUAUGUCCUGGUUUAGGUCCUACGAAAGCAGGAAAUAUAUAUGCAUUCUUUCGAACAACUUUUCAGAAGGCUUGA